AUGAAGGUUGUGGAUGGUCAAGAUCAACAAUGGUGCCCAGAUACUGGAGCAUCUGCUCACAUCACAUUAGGUGCAAAUGCUAGCUCUUUUGAAGAUGCCAUCGAGUCAUCUCACGCUGAUCCAAUGCCACAUUCCAGAUCUGAUCCGCAAUCACCAUCUACUAUCAAUUCACAUUCUAUGUUCACAAGUGCAAAAUAUGGCACAGUUAAACCGAAUCCCAAGUACUUCACUGCCCUUACGGUUCCUUUGGAAUCUAAAAUAGUCAAAGAGGCAUUCAAGCAUCUAGGUUGGAAGAGCUUAUCAAACCAAAUAUUCCACCAAGUCUUCUCUUGUUUUCUUUCUAUAUCUUUGUCUUUAUUUUCAUCAAUGUUCAUACUUGGAGACCUAACAACUGGCUUAACUGGCAGCAACUACUUCUUCCUCUCCUUCCUUGCAAUCCUCCUAACAGUUAGUUGCGCGGCAAAGACCAGUAACCACAGAAUCAUCCCGUCGCCAGCAAUCCGGUUACAGAAACAGAGGACCACCCACAUCCACUUCUUCUUCCACGACAUAGUUACCGGCCGGAACCCGACGGUGGCGACCAUUGUUCAGUCUCCGUUGAACAAUUUGGCGACGGGGUUUGGCGAAGUAAACAUGAUCGAUGAUCCUCUGACGGAAGGGCGGGAACUGACGUCCAAGUUGAUUGGGAGAGCUCAGGGGUUCUAUGCUUCUGCGGCACUGCAAAACGUGAGCCUGCUGAUGGUGCAGACGUAUGUGUUCUUGGAAGGAGCAUACAAUGGCAGCACUCUGAGCGUAUUGGGAAGGAACAGUGCCUCGGUUCCUAUAAGAGAAUUGGCAGUGGUGGGUGGGACUGGGUAUUUCAGGAUGGCCCAAGGUUACACACAGGCCAGGAUUCACAGAUUGAAUGCCACAACUGGUGAUGCUGUUGUAGAGUAUGAUGUUUAUGUGAGGCAUUACCCAUACUCAAUCUAG